AUGGCCUAUGAUCGCUACCUUGCCAUCUGCAAACCCCUGCACUACAGGACCCUCAUGGACAGCAGAGCUUGUGUCAAAAAGGCAGCAGCUGCCUGGACCAGUGGCUUUCUCUAUGAGGUGCUGCACACUGGAAAUACAUUCUCAAUAACACUCUGCCAAGGCAAUGCUGUGGACCAGUUCUUCUGUGAAAUCCCCCAGAUCCUCAAGCUCUCCUGCACAGACUCCUACCUCAGGGAAGUUGAGGCUCUUGUAGUUGGUGCCUGUUUAUUCUUUGGGUGUUUCGUUUUCAUUGUGCUGACUUACGUGCAGAUCUUCACUGCUGUGCUGAGGAUCCCCUCUGAGCAGGGCUGGCACAAAGCCUUUUCCAUGUGCCUCCCGCACCUGGCCGUGGUCUCUCUCUUUAUUUGCACCUCAUUUUUUGCCUACCUGAAACCCCCCUCCAUCUCCUCCCCUGCUCUGGAUCUAGUGGUGACUGUUCUGUAUGCAGUGGUGCCUCCAACAGUGAACUCCUUCAUCUACAGCAUGAGGAACAAGGAGCUCAAGGAUGCCCUGAGGAAACUGCUUAUAUAG